CUGCACAGUGAAAGUGUUUAAUACUCCUUUCAGUACCAGUUACAAAGAACCAACUUGAACGCAUGCGCAUAAAAGAAAUACACCGAGUAUAAAUAUAUAACUUCACUGUUUGCCACUUCUUGGGUAGUGUUGGUAUCUACAGCAUGGCUAAAUUAUUGUGGCUGUGUUUUUCACUUUUGAUCCUCGGAAGCGUUUACGCUCAGGAUGAUGAAGGUAGCGACGAACCAACUGCGGAAGAACUUUGCGAAAACAGGCCAGCUGAUGAAUACUUCCGUUUGUCAACUGAAGGCGAUUGCAGAGAUGUAGUCAGGUGCGAUAUGAACGCUGAUAAUAACGGCGUCACAAGACUGGCGUCAGUUCGCUGUCCAGUAGGUCUUGCUUUUGACAUUGAUAGGCAGACUUGCGAUUGGAAAACAAACGUCAAAAAUUGUGAUCGUGUAGAAAAACCAAGAAAAGUACUUCCCAACUUUAAGACUGACGAACCAAUAUGCGAAGCAGAAAAACUUUCCUGCGGUGACGGCGAAUGUAUCGCUAAAGAUCUUUUCUGUAACGGAAAACCUGACUGCAAGGAUGAAUCUGAUGAAAACGCCUGCACUGUUGAAACCGAUCCAAACCGUGCCCCAGAUUGUGAUUUGAACCAAUGUCAAUUGCCCGAUUGCUUCUGCUCUCCUGAUGGUACCAGAAUUCCCGGAUCUUUGGAACCGGCAAAUGUACCACAAAUGAUCACCAUCAGUUUCAACGGUGCCGUCAACGUUGACAACAUCGACUUGUACGAAGAAAUCUUUAACGGCCAACGUGCCAACCCCAACGGUUGCCAGAUCCGCGGUACCUUCUUCGUAUCCCACAAAUACACCAACUACUCUGCUGUCCAAGAUUUGCACAGACGGGGUCACGAAAUCUCCGUAUUCUCUCUCACCCACAAAGAAGACCCCAACUACUGGUCCCAAGGUUCUUACGAUGAUUGGUUAGCUGAAAUGGCUGGCGCCAGGUUGAUCGUAGAACGUUUCGCCAACAUUACCGACGGUUCCAUAAUCGGUGUCCGUGCCCCAUACUUGCGCGUAGGAGGUAACAAACAAUUCGAAAUGAUGGCUGAUCAAUUCUUCGUAUACGACGCUUCUAUCACUGCUUCCUUGAACCGCGUACCAAUCUGGCCAUACACACUCUACUUCAGAAUGCCACACAAGUGCAACGGUAACGCUCACAACUGCCCAUCCAGAUCUCACCCGGUAUGGGAAAUGGUCAUGAACGAAUUGGACAGAAGAGAUGACCCUUCAUUCGACGAAUCUCUUCCUGGUUGUCACAUGGUUGACUCUUGCUCCAACAUCCAAUCCGGAGAACAAUUUGGCCGUCUUUUGAGGCACAACUUCAACCGUCACUUCAACAGCAACCGUGCUCCAUUGGGUCUUAACUUCCACGCUUCCUGGUUAAAGAGCAAAAAGGAAUUCAAGGAAGAACUGAUCAAGUUCAUCGAAGAGAUGUUGGGACGCAACGACGUAUACUUCGUAACCAACUUGCAGGUCAUACAAUGGAUGCAAAACCCAACUGAAUUGAACGGUCUUCGUGACUUCCAAGAAUGGAAAGAAAAGUGCGACGUCAAGGGACAACCCUACUGCUCCUUGCCCAAUUCCUGUCCACUCAACACCAGAGAACUCCCCGGAGAAACACUCCGUCUCUUCACCUGCAUGGAAUGCCCCAACAACUAUCCAUGGAUCUUGGACCCAACCGGGGAUGGUUUCAACACUAGGAAGUAAUUAUUAAGUAAUUUAUUGUAAUUCUCGAAUUCGAGGGUGUUUUUAAUUUAAAAAAAGAAAGACUUUGUAUAUAGCUGUAAUCAAUUUCCUAUUAAAUUAACGGAAGAGAUGCGCGACAGAAAUCCAAUUUUUAUUAAUUUAAACUUGCCAAAAGUUUUAACGUUUACCACAAUAAUGUUAUUUAAUAAAUUUAAUAAAAAUUAUUGUUAAAUAAAAUAAUAAAAAAGAUAAA